CCGAGGAGCAGCACAACUUCCAACGCCGGAACCGGAGUAAAUACCAAGAUGGAUGGCCACAUGCUUGACCCGAGAGGCAGCGCAGCUUCCGCCGCCGGAGCCGGAAUGAACACCGUGAUGGGUGGCCACAUGUUUACCCCGAGAAGCAGCGCAGCUUCCGCCGCCGGAGCCGGAGCGAAUGCUUACCUUCAUGGAUUGGCGGAACUCUUGAACACUAACAACUGUCCAGCUCAAGCCCGACUUCCUGGCGGCCACGGGUUGCCCCCGAGAGACAGCGCAUCCUACGCCAUCACUGAUCACCACUCUCAACUAUCGCUAAUCCCGAUACCGGAAGAAGAACUUCCCAGUAGCAGCGCUGGCACGCGUGCCUCGAACCCGUUGAGUGAGGAAGAUGACGAAAAACGUGUUGAACAGGUUCAGAACAAAGACGCUAAAUAUUCCAAGGAGACCCUUGAGCUUGUGCUUGAAAAGGUCACAAGUGGUGUGUUGACCACGUACAUGGCGAGUAAGGAGUACGGCAUCCCGCGUGGAACAAUUCAGUUCCGAUUGGGUGAUAAGUGUAAACACCAGGAGAGGCCUGGCCCACCGACGACGCUUACCGCGGAAGAAGAACAGACACUCGUCACGUGGCUGUUCGAGAUGCAGCGGAAAGGGUUCCCCGUGACAGCUGCAGGACUCCAAGAGAAAGUGUCCCUUUUCAUCAAAGCCUCUCCGCGGCCAAACCGUUUCAAGGAAGGAGUCCCCGGCAAGAAUUGGGUGGUGGGCUUUCUAAAGCGCCAUCCCGAUAUCGCAGUUCGAACGCCGGAAGGUGUUUCGGCGGCAAGCGCACGCGUUUCUGAAGGUGAUUUACGUGGCUGGUUCAGCAAUGUGUUGACUUACGCGAUCGCUGAACGCUUGAUGGAAGCGAUGAAAGACCCGCAGCGGAAGGUGAACGGGGACGAGAUUGGUUUUUAUUUAUUCCAUCUGGCGAAAAAAGUCCUGGCGAAGCGAGGUAGCAGGGACGUAAUGAUGGUUGAGGCCGGAGACCCGAAGAAAAACAUAACUGUUUUGUUUUGCUUUUCCGCCGAUGGGGAUUAUUUCCCGCCGAUUGUGGUUUUGCCAUACGAGCGAUUUCCGCCAGAUGUUAUCCAAAGCUAUCCAGGAAGCUGGGGCCUCGGCAAAACAAAAAGCGGAUGGAUGGACACAAAAAAAUUCGUGCUAUACAUUCAGAAGGUUUUGUACCCUGCCCUGGUCCGAAAAAGGGUGACGUUUCCGGUACUCUUCUUCGUCGAUGGACAUCGUUCUCACACAGCCUUUGCCGCGGCGGAUGCGUGCCUAAAGCUGGGGAUAGUGCUGAUAGCACUUUAUCCCAACGCAACCAGAAUCAUUCAACCUGCCGAUGUGGGAAUAUUCGGUCCACUCAAGCAAUCCUGGAGGAAAAUCUUGGCUCGAAUGCCGCCGAACGAAGCCGUAACGGUUAAAACCUUUGCCGACAAGCUGCUCCCGGCAAUGAAUGAAGCUUUCAAGCCGGAAACGAUCAAGGCUGCAUUUAAAGUAUGCGGCAUUGAACCAUUCGAUCCAAAUGCACCAAACUACACGAAAUGUUUGGCCAAGUCCUCAGAGAUACUCCAAACAUUUCCUGGCUUGAACGAAAAUCCAACUCGAGGACCAAAUCAAGCAUUGGCCAACUCUUCCAGCGUGUACUCAUCCACACCAGCCACAACCGAGUCGAUUAGGCCACCAGUCCAAUCGCCGCUUCCAGAAUUGGUCGAUUCGGCCAGAUUGACGAUCCCUGAAGGCAGAUUCUACGACGUCGCGAUGGACGACGCGAACGUGGCACCAGUCCAAUCGCCGCUUCCGGAAUUGGUCGAUUCGGCCAGAUUGACGAUCCCUGAAGGCAGAUUCUACGACGUCGCGAUGGACGACGCGAACGUGGCACCAGUCCAAUCGCCGCUUCCGGAAUCGGUCGAUUCGGCCAGAUUGACGAUCCCUGAAGGCAGAUUCUACGACGUCACGAUGGACGACGUGAACGUGGCACCAGUCCAAUCGCCGCUUCCGGAAUCGGUCGAUUCGACCAGAUUGACGAUACCUGAAGGCAGAUUCUACGACGUCACGAUGGACGACGCGAACGUGGCACCAGUCCAGUCGACAUACCGUUUGGAUCCAGAACUGGUCGAUUCGGGCAUCGUGUACUUCCCCGAAGACGUGACCAGUAGCGUUGUCGACGAGACAAACAUGACGCCGGUAGCGGAACCAACUCUGCCUCUACAGGAUCAAACUAAUACCAGGCCGAUAAGUAUCGCUGACUUCCUCACCACACCUCCAACCCCUAAGAGGAAAGGCAAACAUAUAAACUAUAAAAUCCGGACUAAUCCUAUCUUAACGGCUGCUGAGAGGAUGGAAGAACUCAGAGAAAAUGAACGACAAAAGGAACAGGCCAAGCAGCAAAAACUUGAGAAUGCUCGCAAACGCGAGCAAAAAAGGGCAGAUAAAGAAGUAGAUAAGAGAUAGCGUGAGGAGACCAGGGCAAGAAAGAAGGAAGAGAGAAAAGAGUGGAUGGCUCUUAAGGAAGCGCUAAGAGUCCGCAAGCAAAAGGAAAGACAAGAAAAGCAGGAAGCUAAAAAGAAAGCGAAGCAGUCUCCAGACGAAUCUUAUGUACGGCUACGUUGAAAACCCACCAUUGCAGAACAAGAAGUAAUAUCCCAAUAAUAUCACUAAUAUUUUAAUCAAUAAGACACCUUCAAGAAACAAC